CCCACAACGUCACUACGCAGUGACGUCGGUUCCAAAUCUCCAUAGCUAAUGUGGGUCUAGUAAAGUUUGUGUCGCAGUGUUUUAUUAGUUUAUAACUUUAUCAGCGUAGAAGGUUUCUGGAGACUCCAGGUGGCCAUGAAGGUCCAUUCCAGAAGAACCCUGCCUUGGAUGUUUCUACUGUUCCUUGUAGACCCAGGGAGCUUCCAGGGUCUGGUCUCUGAAGGCUUCAUUGGACAAAGUGUCCUGCUGCCCUGCACCUCUAGCAAGUCUUCAGCAGUAGAUGUGUUCUGGAGAGACAAAGACGACAAGGUUCUGCUUGACAUCAAGAAAGGCAAGCCCGACCUGGGCCUUCAAGACCUGAAGUUCAAAGGUCGAGUGUCCAGCUUCCCAGAGGAGUACCAGAAGGGGAAUUUCUCCAUCAUUAUGGGGAAUCUGGAGCUGGGGGAUGCUGGGAACUAUGAAUGCACCAUCCUCAUUGGUACUAGUUCAGAGACAAUCAGAAUAAUGUUGUCAGUUAAAGAGAGAAACUCAGCAUCGUGUGGAUCUACCAGAACAAAUGUUCUGCUGCUGUUUGUCUUCUCUGCUCUCAGUCUGAUGUUCUACGUCUAGAAACUUCAGGCAGGUUUGAACGUCUCUGUUCUGCCACUUUCAAGCAUCAUUCAGUUAAAACGCUUCAGCUUUGGCUCCAGAACAUUAGUCUUCAGGUAAACAGCAGUCUGUAGAACCCACCGUGUUCUGCUGGGUCCAUAGUGUUCCUCAUGUUAAGGUCAAGAGUCCUUCAGGUUUUUCAUUGUUACAGUUAGGCUGUCUAAGGUCUUUAAUCCAGAAUUGGCUUCUAGUUUCCUUCUAAAAGAGUCAAAAGUUUCAUUUCUCCUCUUUUGUGAUUGAGAAUAAAAAGAUUUAACUUUAGAUCUCGUGUUUAAGUCGAUGAUGUAAUAAAGUUUUUGGUUCUUAAUCCCAGGAUUGUGGUCAGAAUACGGACCAAACUCAGACCAGAAUUAGACUUUAAAUAUUGAAGCCAGCUGCAGUGUUCUUCAUCAGCUCAUAUUUACCGACACAUUUGAACCCAAACCACUGAGCUGCAGCAGGACGGCUCCUCCGUGGUGAGUUAGCAGCUCCACCCAUGAAUAUGGAUGAGCAUCUGAUGGCAUGGCUCAUCUCCUGAAGAUGCUAAGAUCAGCAUCUUCAGGAGAUGAAACAUGCUGCAGCAGAUCCAGACCAACCAGUCCCGACCAGUUCAAUAUUCCUCAUCAUAUUUAGGGUCUGAGCCUGAAAGACUGGAAAAUACGACCGGUUCUGGUAUCAAGUGGGUUGUGGCUAAUCUGCUGUUUAAAUGUUACAGAAGGAACCAAAGGAAAGAAAUGCUUAUUCAGAUGUAAUGUUACUAUGUUUACUGCUAUUUAUCUUUAUUUAUCCACGCAGAGCUUGGUGCAACCACUGAAACAUGAUGGAUAUUUCUCUUAGCUGUUGAUCGCAUAUGAAGGAAAAUAAAGUGUCAUUUCUGUUAAAUGUUAAACCAACUCCUGGCUGUGUUAAGCAGGACCAGGAGGCUCUCUUGACUGAAUAAAGUUCCUACUUUAAACUGGAACAGAAGUAACGUUAAGUAUUAGCGUGGAAACGUAGUGACCAGAGAAGUUCCUCCAGAGGGUUAAAUAAACGCUGAGUCUACAUCAUGUCACUAAACUAAAACUGCUCCUUUAUGCAACUGAUUGUGAUGAAAACUACGAAUUAAUGUGAUGUUGCUGGUUUGUUUGAAAUAAAAUGAGACUGAAUGUUA